ACGAUAUAUGGGGUUUUCUGGCCAAAGAGAUACGGUCACUUGCAGCGUGCCUGGAUCUUACCUUGUUUGUAUUUUAAAAUAACUAGCCGCAAUUUACAAAACAGCUAUGGAGGAUGGGACUUUUUUGAAGUCGGAGUUUGAUUGGGACGCCAUCGACGUGGGUGAUUAUCAAUUGGAUCAUUCCCAAAACUUUUUCGCAAAGGCAAAUAAGGAAAAUAUUGGAAACGUAAACAAUGUGAACCCUCUGCUGGCCUGUGCCACUCCCGUGGCCAAAGAUCAGGAACAAUGCCAAAAACAAAAUGAAGAUACGGACAUCAAACCGAUUCCGAUCAAUCAACCGAGCUGGGACGAGGAAGAGCUCAUGGAGGAGAAUAGGCCGGAGGCGGAUCAACACCAAAGUACAGAGAACCGCUGUGCACCAGGUCCCAACCUGCGUCUAAUGUGGUCACCCGUCCAGCAAAAACAGCAUACAGAGCCCGCUGCCGGCGGUUCGGUUCCUAUUCCCAAAGCCUACGAGUUCAAAAACCUCUACGAGUCAAACAGGCAGCUGGCGCUGCGAAAACGAGAGGAUGAGGAGCGAAAGGCGCGCGAGUUCCACAGUCGGCCUAUGCCCAACUUCAAAAUGAUACACAACCGCAUCGGCGAGAUGCGUGUGGUCCACAAGGUGACAAUGCCGGUCACUCCAGAGGUCGUCAAGCACGGACGACUGGAUAGGGAACGGCGAAGGAUGCGUGACCCGGAUCAUGAUAAGCAGCCACCCCCUAGACCUGGACAUUGCCAGCCCAAGCCGUUCCAGCUUCGCAGCGAACAGCGCCUGCGCGAACGGCGCGAAUACGACGCUGCUGUGCAGGCGAGUUUGGAGCAGAAGAAAAAUGAGCAAGACGAACAACGGAAACGAUGCGAGCAGGAGGAGAUCAAGGAAAUACGAAAGAUGACGGUAUUCAAGGCACGGCCCAAUCCAUUCAAGUAGCGCCGACCAAUCGUCGACUAACAAAGUUAGAAUUAUUUUGUCCAAAAACGAUGUCAAGUGGCUGCUUUCAUGGUUACAACGAACUCGAAACAGAAAGGAGGAGAACUACAUGGCCAGGCGGAGGAGACAACCACACAGCAAAGGAUCAUUCGCGGGAAACUGGCAUAACAGAACAGAACAGAACAGAAAGCAGCUUGAUAUACCCGAUAUAUAUAUAUAUAUUGUAUACCUAGUUUUAUCAUAUUAACACACUUUUUGUCCCUAACACUAAUUUACGCGUAUAUCCGUGUUCACACACCCCAUAUAUUUGUAUUUCCCCUUUUAUUUCGGAUGAGAAACCACUAAAAAUUUUUUGUUUGGCGGGAGGAUCAUAACUAAACCUAAUAUUAUAUAAAAACGUACGCAUUGAGCAAUUUGCAAUUGCAAUUAUUAACUGUUUUCUAUUUGUACAAAGGCGAUAAAAACAAAAAUAAAUUAAAAUUAAAUCUGUAAAUUGAAUUUGCAAUAAUAA